AUGGUGACGGCCAAAGUUUUGCACGGCGUAACAUCCAAGAAGUUUAAAGGCCAGAAGAUGUAUUUCCCAAAAUAUUGGAUACAAUGGCCCGUAAGUUACGUAGGAGAACGGAUGGGAUCCUUACAGACGUUGCCGCCAUUUAGCAAGUUGGGAUUGCCAACGUAUUGCCUCACUGCCUACGGACUCAAUUCCCCCGACGCAAUAUGUAUCUUACACCGUUAG